AUGACGGAGCCUCCAAAAAAGAAAGUACGCUGUACUUUUAGCCAGAAACGGCGGCUCAUAGAACUGAUGGAGGACAAUAAAGAGGUGGCAUUGGGCAUCUUUACAUGCCCAAUGGGAUUCCAAAAAAUGGAAUACAAUUUGGAAGAACAUUGCUGCGGAGUUGGCGCAGCUGGGCCCAGCAAAAUUAGUAGAACAAUGGAAAACGAAAAUGGCGUGAUCUUAAAUCAAAAACGAAAUUCAAAAAUGCUAAUGUUAACCGUGCCAGAAAUAGACCUGGAAACAGUGAGAAUGUUCCCUCUCUAA